AUGCCAGCAUACCCUCCGACCCUCGGACCCGCUCAAUUAGAACAAUAUCUCCAGCGCAUUAAAUAUGCCGAUGACGCCGCCUCUCCGAGGGAGAAUGGCCACCCACGCUUAGCCAAACUGCGAGCGGCUAUCGACGACGACCCCCUACAAGCCUUCACUGAACUGCAACGGCGCCAUCUGGGCUCCAUUACCUGGGGAAACACCGCCCUGCACUACUCGACCCACCAUAGCAUCUCCAUCCAUCCAUCCUCCGUCUUCGAGAAGCUGAUAGUCCGCGGCCAUGAUGGGUACUGCAUGGAGAAUACGAAUCUCCUUUAUAUCGUGGUGCGCUCCCUGGGCUACAAUGUUUACCCGACCGGGGGCCGGGUCAGCCGGGCAGUCGUGAAGGGGGAUCCUGCUGAGCAAGGGUAUAUAUCUUUGAGCCACAUGGUCCUUAUUCUGACUAUAGACGGAAAAAGAUAUAUGGUCGAUGUCGGUUUGGGUCGGAACACUCCUACCAGCCCUCUACUUCUCCAGGAGGGUAGUUCCACUGCACAGCCCUUAAUCGCACCAAGUGAAAUGCGCCUGAUAAAGCGGCCCCUCGCUGAAUUCGUGGACCAGACACAGACGGUCUGGAUCUACCAGGCGCGCAACGACCCACAGAGCCCCUGGAUCGCGCAAUACUCGUUUUCCGAAGUGGAAUUCCUCUUCCAGGAUUUUAGCAUGAUAAACUUCUUUACCAGCACGAGUCGGUCGAUAUUGUUUACCCAGAAACUGGCGUGUACCCGUGUCAUCCUCGACGAUGAAGAGGGUGACCACGGGCACGGGGGCGGCGUUGAACCCAUUGGGAUUUAUAUACUUGCUGGGAGAGAGGUCAAGAGGGUCCUUCGGGGGAAGACGAAGACGGUUCAGGCAUUGAAUACGGAAAUGGAUAGGGUGCGUGCGCUGCAGAAAUACUUCAACAUGCAGUUUUAUGAGCAUGAGGUGGAGGGAAUUCGCGGGCUUUCUUCUGAGAUUCGAUCGCGGUAG